CCGCUUUGUGUCUGGCGCAGCUGUUCGCUGCGGGCGUUUGAGCCGUUUUUGGGCCUCCUGCCAUCACAUGAAUCGAGCCGGAAGGGUAUGGGAUGUGGCAGAUGAAGAAGCAAUUAUCAGGUAGGUUCGCUGCUGAUUCUUGUCAUCGGAACAACCCACUUGAACCUAACCACCGCCUGAGAAUGUCUGCAUCUCCUGAUGUCAACGCUGUUAGCUCCGACGCCAAGACUGGCAGUCUCAGUGGUAACAGGAACGGUUCUGCAGUUCAAGCUGCUGCAAACUCUAAGGACAAGACAAAUGGAGGAUUUUCUGAGUCGACGAAUGCAGAAGAAAGUGAAGGAAGAGAGCUGUCUGAAGAGGUCGCGUACGACCAAGACGACUUGCCCAUUCCCCAGGGUAUCGUGUCUGUCAACGAAAACCAAUUAGACCAGGACGAGUCUUUGGACUUGAACUUGCAGAACGCCUCGAACAAGAUUUGGUUAGUGAAGCUGACCCCACAACUCGCAGACAUUUGGAAAAGCGACCACUUUUUGGAGGGCCAGCUUUUGGGAAACAUCAAGAUACCUAAGUACUCUACGAAUGACCCGAAUAAUACCCUUUCCACAGCAACGGCAGCAGUACCCGCCAACGGCAGCAUCAACGGCAAGAAAGACGGCAAGAUUUUGUUGGAAUUGAACGAUGAGCUCCCUGAGCACAAAAACCUAGAUAAAGAGUACGAGCUUAGACUAAUAAAACAGGUUGUAGAGAACGAGUACGCAUUCAGCGAGUCCCAGUUUGAACAGUUCCGACAAAGGUUGAUGUACAGAACCCAGGUGGUCAACCUACCAAACCAACCUCGUAUGAAGACUCUCAACAAGGAAGCUCUUAACCAUGAGGCAAAGUGGACCAGGAAAAUCAGAAACUACAAAAAGGAAGCCCAGUAUAGAGAGAUGAAAUCCAGAGAUCCGAACUACAGGUCGAAGCGAAACGAAAGUGGAAUGGGUACAACUUACAUAGAAGACCCAGAGGGCGGCGAUGCCAACAAAAAUAACAAACGUGGAGGGCGUAAGAACGCCAAGUUUGAAAAAUACGAUAAAUUCAGGAAGUUUGUACCUUAUGCGAAGACUAUACCCAAAAAGACUGAAAUGGUGGGUAAGAUUGUGCAAGAAUGCCAGGUUAUCCCAACUAAGUUACUAUCUGAUAACAAACUGAGAAUGUUGGAGCAAAGGAGGCGAUUGAACCAGAUGGUUAAGCGCAAAACCAUCAACUAUAUCAAAUCCGAAAGAGUUGGUGUCAUGCAUGGUAGAACGACUCCAAAUAUCCAAACAGGUUCUACUAUCACACUUUCAAAGGAGCUGGCACAGAAGAAGGAAGCUGCCAAGCAAGAUGGCCGCGCUGCCAGAAUGGACAGAGACGUUCUCAUGAACUUAUUGUUCAAACUGUUCAACCAGUAUGAAUAUUGGACAAUGAAAGGUUUACGUGAAAAGACCAACCAACCGGAGGCUUAUUUAAAAGAAUGUCUUGAGAGUAUUGCAGUCAUGGAGCGUAAAGGCCCUUACGCAUUGAAAUGGACUUUGAAAGACGAGUAUAAGAAGAGUAUCGACGUCGAAAAGAAGGUCAAGAACGGAUCUGCAGACGAAGAAGACGAGGAUAACAACAAAGAUAACGAAGACAACGAUGAUGACGAGCUGGAGGACGUCGAAAUGGAAGAUAUUGCAGCUCUGUGAGCUCUUCUCACUGUGCUUCAAACUGUAGCAUUUUACUGCAUUUUUCUAAUACUUUUGUAAUUAUUAACCAGUUUUAUACACUAAGUAUCUUUAUUACUAUCCGUGUUACGUAAACACUGUCUGAAAAGCGGG